CGGGAGAAACCGUGCUCACCGUCACCAAACAGACUCAGCGGGCGCCCGUGGAACUGCAAGUCCCAGAGAUCCAGGCAGGCAGGCUCAGAGAGAAGCAGGAGUUCUGUGCCUGGAGAGGAGAACAUGGCAGCUCCGUCCACAGAAGCACGCGGGCUCACGGAGCGCUCGGUCCGGGAGCGCGCCCCACCUCUGCUCACCGACCUGUACCAGUUCACCAUGGCCUACGCGUACUGGCGGGCCGGCCGGCACCAAGAGCCCGCCGUGUUCGAGCUGUUCUUCAGGGACAACCCGUUCGGCGGCGGCUUCUCGCUCUUCGCUGGGCUGCAUGACUGCCUGCUGUUCCUGCGCAGCUUCGGCUUCACAGAGCCGGAUGUGGAGUUCCUGCGCUCCGUCCUGCCUCCCAACACCGACCCCGCCUUCUUCGACUUCCUGAGAGGCCUCGACUGCUCGGCUGUGACGCUGCGCUCCGUCCCCGAGGGCUCCGUGGUGUUCGCCAGGGUGCCUCUGAUGGAGGUGGAGGGUCCGCUGGCUGUGGUCCAGCUGCUGGAGACCAGUUUGCUGUGUCUGGUCAAUUACGCCAGCCUGGUGUGCAGCAACGCCGCGCGGUUCCGCCUGGCAGCCGGACACCACCGGAAGCUGCUGGAGAUGGGCCUCCGCCGGGCUCAGGGACCAGACGGAGGCCUCACCGCCUCACGGUACACGUACAUCGGAGGGUUUGAUCUCACCAGUAACGUUCAGGCCGGUUUCCUUUUCGGGAUUCCUGUUGUCGGGACCAUGGCGCACUCUUACGUGACUUCCUUCAGCUCCUUGGAGGAGGUUUGGCCACAGACACUAGUGACAGCAAACGGAGACGCCGAUCCGGUCGAUGUCAUUUCUCUGACUAAAGGCUGGUUGAGGCGAGUCUGUGAGCUCCUUGGAGCGGAGCCUGGGAAGAUCCGGGAGGGCGAGCUGGCGGCUUUUCUCUCCUACGCCAUCGCCUACCCUCACAACUUCCUGCCUGUGAUUGACAGCUACAGUGUUGAAUGCAGUGGACUGUUGAACUUCUGUGCUGUGGCCCUGGUGCUGUGUGAACUUGGUUACCAACCCGUGGGGGUCCGUCUGGACAGCGGAGACCUCUGCAAGCAGUCCACAGCGGUGCGCCGGGUCUUUGGACUCUGCAGCGAGCAGUUUUCCGUACCAGCUUUAAAUUCUCUGAUCAUCGUAGGAACCAACAACAUCUCAGAGGAAAGCAUGACUGAACUCAACAAGAAGGCGAAUGAGAUCAACGUGGUCGGCGUGGGAACACAUCUGGUGACCUGCACCAAGCAGCCGUCUCUGGGCUGUGUGUAUAAGCUGGUGGAGGUGAGAGGAACGCCGAGGAUGAAGAUCAGCGAGGACCCGGAGAAAACCACUGUGGCAGGGAGGAAAGCCGUCUACCGGUUGUUAGAUGCUGACGGACAUCCUUUUCUGGACUUGCUGUGCCUGAAGGUCGAGCCUCCUCCCGAGGCAGGGUGCACGUUGACCUGUUACCCUCUAGAGGGCGAUAACGCACCCGUUUCCGUCACUCCAGCUCAGGUGGCCUGUCUGCGAAAGGAAGUCUUCUUAAAAGGGCAGGUCAAAGAGCCUCUGUGCGGCGCUGCAGAAACUAGAGCAAAGGUCCAGAGCUCGCUGCAGACCCUGCACCCUCGGCACAAGAGGCUGCAGGAGCCUGACUCAUACAUGGUGGCGCUCUCAGAGAAACUCCACCACAUGGUCACUGAACUCCAAAAAGGCAACAGCAGCAACAGCAACUUUCUGCUAGCCAACUAAAAGUGUUUUUUUUUUUGUUGUGUUUUUUUUAUGUCUGUCUGUUUCCGAAGUGCCUCAGAGUCAAAUGCGCACCAGCUGAAACUGACAUCUGUGUCUAGGCGCUGAUCGUCUUGGUAGCUCGGUUAAAAUGAGCAGGGAGGGGUCUGAGUUUUCAGAGGUAAACUAAUCAUUUUACUAAGUGCUAUCUAUCCAACAUAAUUUUUUUUAAUGCAAGAUGUUGCCAUGUUUCAUAAACAUCUGGCAAAUAGGAUACAGGUGUCAGACAAGCUACCUUCACAUUGCAGGCGUUAAGACGUGUUUGCAUUGGAUUCUCAAUGCGAGCACCGUCAGACUUCACUCAGAUACAGAGGAUAUAUGGCUCUGAAGUGAACCGCACGCACAGAAGAAGAGUCGCAUGCGGCUAUGUCUGCAAAAGGAAAUCUAGAUGUUUCACAGGCCAGGAUCCAUGUACCACCUCUGAAGCUCUUGUGCAAUUAGAACCAACAGGGUUAUAAGUAGCUCUGUCAAUGGUUUGUGCUAGAAUGGUCCUAAAUACCUCGACACAAACGUAGGGAAUGAACAGAGCAGCUGCAACAUUGGCCGGGCUUUUUCGGUCCAUUGCUUAAAUUUGACCCUGCUGUUUCCCGCCUCCUCCUGCGCAACACUGGGAGCCUGCCCCAUGCGGGGAUGGAAGUUGGAUUACUGUAUUUUUCGGACUAUAAGGCGCACCUAAAAUCCUUACAUUUUUCUCAAAAAUUCAUGGUGCGCCUUGUAAUCCAGUGCACUUUAUAAAUGAUUACCGUUGCAACAAUAAACCUAGUAAAUUAAUUCAAUAUUAAAGUUAUGUUUAUUUUGGCCUUGUGUUAGAAACAGGGCAGUGUAGUCCAGCUACCCUGUCCUCCCGAUGGAGACGGACAGCUCUCCCUCUCAGGAGAGAGCGAUGUACGUGAAGGGGCGGAGUGAUAUUACACACGUGGGAAAAAUAUUUAGUGUGCCUUAUAAUCUGCUGCGCCUUAUAUGUUAACAAAGACACGUUAAUUUGCUGUGCGCCUUAUAAUCCGGUACGCCUCAUGGUCUGAGAAAUACGGUAAAAGCGGGAUGGCCGUUCAGGUGGAGGUUACUUGGGGAAAUAUCAGACACCCAGUUUAGGACCAGAUGCCACAGUAGCCUGGGUCCAAUUUUAAAAGAUCCAACUCAUAGAAAAAUCCCUUUCUCCCUUUAGUGGGAUUUUAGCCUAGGUUUACAGUCAUUAUUAGAAUAUUUAAUGAAUUAAUAAUUGGAAUAUUAAUAUAAACUAAGUUCAGCAUAUUUUAUAUAGCUUAAUUACACAUGGACAUAAGAUUUUUGCAGCCUUUAUUCCUGUUUAAUUUUUAUAAUUUUCUGCUUAAAAUUUAUGAAAAAACAUUUCAGAUUAGAACAUUGCAUCAGACCAAUAUAAAAAUAUGUUCAAUAGAGAAAGGUACUUUUUAAUCUGACAAAGGAGCUUCAGUUGCAUUCAUAUUCUAAUUUAUUUAUUGUGUCUGUAUACGAUAGCCUUGUGCAGACACACAGGUAAAUUGUAAAAGUUUGGUUAAUAAAAAUGCUUUUUCAAAUUUUCUGAAAAAUGUUUGGAAAAUCUGAUGUGAUUUCAAAUAAAAAAAAAUUCAGAUUUUUUUUGGUUCCUUUUUAUUUGAAAUGAACCAUAUAACUACAUGAACAUUUGCAUCGACCGAUAAGUAAACCAGCGCUUAUAUUAACAAACGUUUAUUUCCUUCUUGUUGCAGCAUCUGACAGCGAUGGUGAUUCAGCGUAGGAUUGUUUAACUGCAGCAGAGAAGCAAUGUUAGGUUAGGGAAAACAUAUAAUACAAAUAUUAUUGGUCAUAUUGAUUAUCUGUCAUGAUGGCAAUAUUAAUAUGAGACAUUGAUAUCCGCCUUUUAUUGCCUUCAUCUAUUGUUUUAGCGUUUGUCCCUCUAAGCUCCUGCCUCUUGGUGAAGUUUACAUUCACACUUGAAUGGUGGAUUUGUUUUUAGAUAGAACUUAGUUUUGAGAAUAGUAUCGAAAAUUUUUAACGUAGACCGCGGUCCAUCUUAGGAAUCAAAAUGAAAAAAACAAAAGAUUUUCUUUAUUUAAAUUUAUUUAAUCAAACAUGUUUCUUUAAAAAAGAAAGUAGCUCUUUAGCUAAAACUUGCCUUCAGAUUUAAAAAUGAAAGAAAGCGUUAUCUGCUUUCCAAAUAUAAAAUGUGUUAAUUUAUAGAAAAGAGAAAUAAAUCAUUAUGCAUCAACCCUGAUUGCUUAGUUGUGUUUGAAACGGAAGGUUGUGAUAAAUGCAGAAAUGAAUUCAGCUUUCAUGCAUCCAUCAUUCAGCAGAUUUUGCAACAAAUCAGAAACAUUUUCGUUUUGAAUUGCGCCAAAAUAGACAGAAGGCGAUCAGCGGGAAGCUAUAUUUUCUCGGGAAGUCUUCAGAGGAAACCCAGAAAUCUUUUCUUAUGAAGAUCUUGCAAUGAUCCAACUUUGAUGAGGACGUUUGCAAGUUUUUUUGAUCAAUUACAUCCUAAAAAAGCUGCACUGAAGGAUACAAAACGGCAGAAUGUAUGAGCUCUUUCGGUUUAAGCUCCAUGAAUCUCCAUCUGCAGAGGAAUGCAAAUCAGGAACGUGUGAGGCUUAGAUUAAGUCUGGCCCCAUGCAGUACCUCCAAACUCUGGACUCAAGUUUGUAGGCUUACCUCAACUGUACAUGACAUUAUUGGGCAUUUUAAUUGUUUAUUUUGCUUAAUAAAUUCAUUUGCAACCUCA